AUGAAUAGUGGAACACAGAACCUUUUGAGCGCUCUGUCCUCAGCCUCUCACGCCUUCCCAGCUUUCUCAGCCCCAGGGAACUUGUCUAGCAAAACCAUCGUGAGGAGCCAGAGCAGCAGCCGCUGUGGCUUUAGUUCCAGCUCAGCCAGAGUCCCUGGGCUCAGCCGCUCCGGCUUCAGCAGUGUCUCUGUGUGCCGCUCCAGGGGCAGUGGCGGCAUUGGGGCAGCGUAUGGAGGAGCUGGCUUUGGCAGCAGGAGCCUCUAUGGCCUGGGAGGUUCCAAGAGGAUCUCCAUCGGAGGGGGCAGCUGUGCCAUCGGAGGAGGAUAUGGCAGCAGAGUUGGAGGUGGCUUUGGCUUUGGAGGUGGAGCCGGCAGUGGAUUUGGUUAUGGUGGUGGAGUUGGUAGCGGUUUUGGGCUCGCUGGUGGAGUUGGCUUUGGUGGUGGCUAUGGGGGCGCUGGCUUCCCCGUGUGUCCCCCAGGUGGCAUCCAAGAGGUCACGGUCAAUCAGAGUCUCCUCACUCCUCUGAACAUGGAAAUCGACCCCACCAUCCAGCGGGUGAGGACGGAGGAGCGUGAGCAGAUCAAGACCCUCAACAACAAGUUCGCCUCCUUCAUCGACAAGGUGCGCUUCCUGGAGCAACAGAACAAGGUCCUGGACACCAAGUGGACCCUGCUCCAGGAGCAGGGCACCAAGACAGUCAGGCAGAACCUGGAGCCUCUGUUUGAGCAGUACAUCAACAACCUCAGGAGGCAGCUGGACUCCAUCCUUGGAGAGAGAGGCCGCCUGGACUCAGAGCUGAGGAAUAUGCAGGACACAGUGGAGGACUACAAGCACAAAUAUGAAGAUGAAAUCAACAAGCGCACAGCAGCAGAGAAUGAAUUUGUGACCUUGAAAAAGGAUGUGGAUGCUGCCUACAUGAACAAGACUGAACUGCAAACCAAGGCAGACAGCCUCAUCGAUGAGAUCAACUUCCUGAGAACCUUGUACGAGGCUGAGCUGGCUCAGAUGCAAACCCACAUCUCAGACACUUCUGUGGUCCUGUCCAUGGAUAACAACCGCAGCUUGGACCUGGACAGCAUCAUUGCGGAAGUCAGGGCCCAGUAUGAGGAGAUUGCUCAGAGAAGCCGGGCUGAGGCUGAGUCCUGGUACCAGACCAAGUAUGAGGAGCUGCAAGUCACAGCGGGCAGACACGGGGACGACCUGCGCAACACCAAGCAGGAAAUCGCUGAGAUCAACCGCAUGAUCCAGAGGCUGAGAUCUGAGAUCGACCACGUCAAGAAGCAGUGCGCCAAUCUGCAGGCCGCCAUCGCUGAUGCUGAGCAGCGUGGGGAGCUGGCCCUCAAGGAUGCCAGGAACAAGCUGGAAGGGCUGGAGGAUGCCUUGCAGAAGGCCAAGCAGGACAUGGCCAGGCUGCUCAAGGAGUACCAGGAGCUCAUGAAUGUCAAACUGGCCUUGGACGUCGAGAUCGCCACCUACAGGAAGCUGCUGGAAGGAGAAGAGUGCAGGCUGAAUGGUGAAGGUGUUGGACAGGUCAACAUCUGUAAGUACCUGGGCUCCCUGCCUCCCCAGCCCCAGCCCAGCUCUGGCUCAGUGAGGUAGAAUGUGCUCACUGUGUCCCG